CGAUGCGCCAGGCCUGAACAACGAAGUUGUCUCCGUACAUCAAGGAGGCCAUGAUAUUAACCUAAAAGGCGAAUCUGUUUCAUUUCAAAACCCUUUGACACGUUCCCUCAGUCAAAAUUUGUGACGUUUAGAUGUGAAUUGUGAUCGUCCUCAAAAUCUCCCCAUAAAUAUGCCCCAGAGAAAUGAGUGCCGACUAUAGAGACAGCAAGGUCCACGACAAUGCCCUGACUAAAUGCAACAAGUGUGAGUGUCUCAUCUUGUCGGAUUCCUCGGAUCCGGAAAACGACAAAUGUGUCAAGCGGCGCCCACAGCCGGCCGCUGGCGACUCAGACGAUGGGGAAAAGCUCGUGUUCAAGUCAAAAUGCCCCAGUGCGGUCAAAAUUUACGUAAAACACCAAAAUGACGACGACUCUUCGUCCCUGGAAAAAGGGACCUCCACGGACGACAACUGCAUUUGCGACGACAAAGAGGGUCGAAUGAAACAUAUCUGUUUCCGAUUUUACAAGAAAAAGAAAGAUAAAGGCAAACUUGACGAGGAGAAAAAAUCAGACGAGGCACUCAAAGCAGAUGAAAUCAACCAAACCUCGAAACCUAGCGUAAACGAUGGGAAAACGCAAAGUUCGAGUGUGGAUAUUGACGACAUAAUUGCCAAGGCUGUGUGCAAUUGCACGCGAUGCGAUAACAAGAAAAACGGGGGUGGGGGCGGCGGAGGGUGCAAUACUAACACUAUUAUCAUUCCUCGGGAUAAGCCAAGUGGUGACGGCGUCGCCAGCUUGGAAAACUUUCUCAAGACAGAAGCCAAGUUAAACAGUCGUCACAUGGAGGAAAUCCUCAACGAAAUACAAAAGCAACGGCGAGAAAUACUCGAAGUGAAAGAUAUGCUGGAUAUAGUGAUUCGAGGGUUGCGCGACCACUUAUUCAUGACCACUUUUGCCAAAACCAAAGCCGAAAUGUUCGAAGAUUUGCACCGCAAAAAAAGCUUGGAACGCAAAACCAACUCACUUUCGAUGACCGACCAGCUGGAGCAAACGAAAAAAGCUGAUAGUCAUGAGAGCCAAAAGGAACCAGAGAAGAAGAAAAAACGUUUUCCUUGGUGUAUUUAAUAAAACGUUAACUAGUC